AGUGGUAGAGCAUAGGAACUUAAAGGUCACCUUCAGCCGUCCAAACGUAGUGCAAGUCUUGUCUUUGACGGUUCGAUAGUUGUAGCAUUGUCAAGUGCUACAUUUUAUCAAAGAAAGAUAAUAAAAAAAAGAGAGAGAAGGAAAGAAAGAGAGAAAGAGAGUGAGUGAAUAGCACGUUUUAUCGUAGCCUAGUUCGCUCAUUCGAGCGUAAUUUUCUUUAAAAAAAGAUUGUCAAGUUAACGGCACAAUUAUGGGGGAAGAAUUAGCACCACAAACCAAGUUUAUAAAGCCAGGGAGUCACAAGGGUAAAGGCUUAGCCGUCUUUACCAGUGGUGGUGAUUCGCAAGGUAUGAAUGCUGCUGUAAGGGCAGUCGUGAGGAUGGGCAUAUAUCUUGGUUGCAAAGUAUUUUUUAUCAGAGAAGGCUACCAAGGUAUGGUAGAUGGAGGAAGUAAUAUAGUAGAAGCAAGUUGGUCAUCCGUAUCAUGUAUUAUUCAUAGGGGUGGCACGAUGAUAGGAUCCGCUAGAUGUACAGAUUUCCGAGAACGCGCUGGUCGUUUAAGAGCAGCUAAGAAUUUAGUAACCAAUGGAAUAUCCAAUUUAGUUGUUAUUGGCGGUGAUGGUUCUUUAACUGGUGCUAAUCUUUUUAAAGAAGAAUGGGCUGAUCUUUUGAAAGAACUUACGAAAAAUGGUGAAAUAACUCCUGAACAGAGUGAAAAAUACAAGUAUUUACAUAUCGUCGGUAUGGUGGGUUCUAUCGACAACGACUUUUGUGGAACUGACAUGACUAUUGGAACAGAUUCAGCGUUACAUCGUAUUAUUGAAAGUAUUGAUGCUAUCGUUAGUACAGCUUAUUCUCAUCAACGUACUUUUAUUAUGGAAGUUAUGGGUAGACAUUGCGGGUAUUUGGCCAUUGUGGGCGCUCUAGCUGCAGAAGCAGACUAUGUUUUCUUCCCAGAAUGUCCACCACCCGUCGACUGGCCUGAAAAAUUAUGUAAAAAGUUGGAACAGGAACGUCUUACUGGACAACGAUUAAAUAUUAUAAUCGUUGCUGAAGGUGCUGUUGACAGGAAUGGCGAUCCUAUUACUGCUGCAAAAGUACAUAAAGUUGUAGUUGAUAAAUUACAACAGGAUACUAGAAUCACUGUGUUGGGCCAUGUCCAAAGAGGUGGUAAUCCAUCUGCCUUCGACAGAGUGUUGGGAUGUCGUAUGGGUGCAGAAGCUGUAAUGGCAUUGAUGGAAGCAACACCUGAAACAGAAGCUUGUGUUGUUACACUAGAUGGAAACCAAGCUGUUAGAUUACCACUCAUGGAAUGCGUACGUCGUACAAAGGCUGUAGCUAAAGCUAUGGCAGAUAAAAAUUGGGAUUUGGCAGUACAACUUCGAGGAAAAGGUUUCGCUCGUAACUUGGAAACGUACAAAAUGUUGACUCGAUUGAAAGCACCCGCAGAUUAUGACAUUAAUGCUAAGGAAUUGAAUGGUCCUACAUUAACAAAGGAUCAUCAUACGGUGGCUGUUAUGCAUAUCGGUUCACCUUCUUGCGGUAUGAAUGCUGCAGUACGUUCUUUCGUACGAAAUUGCAUCUACAGAGGAGAUAAGGUCUAUGGAGUCUGUGACGGUGUACUGGGUCUUAUGUCCGGAAAAUUCAAAUUAAUGGAUUGGCCUUCGGUAACAGGAUGGGUAGCACAAGGGGGUGCUUACUUAGGAACAAAACGUGCUCCGCCAAAAGAUGAUCAAUUACCUCAAAUCGCUCAGAAAUUGAAAGAAUUUGGAAUUCAAGCUUUGCUUAUUAUUGGUGGAUUUGAGGGUUAUCAAACAGGACUUAUGUUCUAUAACGCCAGAGACAAAUUUGAAGAAUUUAGAAUUCCUAUUGCUAUGAUACCUGCUACUAUUAGUAACAAUGUUCCUGGUACAGAAUUUUCUUUAGGCUGUGAUACUGCCUUAAAUGAAAUUACUGAGAUUUGUGAUCGUAUACGUCAAUCAGCACAAGGUACUAAACGUCGCGUAUUUAUUAUUGAAACAAUGGGUGGUUAUUGUGGCUAUUUAGCAACAGUAGCAGGACUAGCUGGUGGUGCUGAUGCAGCUUAUAUCUUCGAAGAAAAGUUCAAUAUCAAGGAUUUAAAUCAAGAUGUAAUAGCAAUGGCUGCUAAAAUGUCUGAAGGUGUACAGAGAGGACUUAUUCUUAGAAACGAAAAUGCCAAUUUGAAUUAUAACACUGACUUCAUGCAAAGACUGUUUAGCGAAGAAGGAAAAGGAUUGUUCAGUUGUAGGAUGAAUAUAAUCGGUCAUAUGCAACAAGGUGGUUCACCGACUCCUUUCGAUCGUAAUUUGGGUACUAAAAUGGGUGCUAAAGCUGUCGAGUGGUUUAGUGAGCAAUUUAAGAAAUGUACUAACGCUGAAGGACGCACGUAUACAACUGAUUCAACUAGUGCAGUAAUGUUAGGUAUCGUUAGAAGGCAAUAUAGGUUCACACCAUUCACAGAACUUAUAGAAGUUACUGAUUUCGACCAUCGCAUUCCGACGUAUCAAUGGUGGAUGAAAUUACGACCAUUACUGAAAGUUUUAGCGAAACACGAAUCUACAUACGAAGAGGAAGGUCUAUAUAUAACUGUAGAAGAAAUGGACCUUGGUAAUGAUUCGCCUCUUGUGUAAUUUGUACACAUCGAUACCUCGUACUUUCGGUACCUUAAUUUAAAGGUAAUGUGUCUAUGAAGUGCGCAUUGAUUGUGUGCAAGAUAGGUUUUAAUAAAUAUUUGCAGUAUUUGCGUCAUAUAUUAGUAUAUUCGCGUUUGAUUGCUUAAUAUGAAAAAGAAAAAAAAAAGAAAAAAAAAA